CACCCCGCCUCCUCCCCUCCCCGCCCCCAAGCCUCUCACUCGACGCAGGCCGGUGCGAGGCCCCCUCCGGAAGGUGAGCGGGAUGGAUUGGACUUCGGCGGGGAACGCGGGUGUCUCGAAGUGGUGCUAAUGGGAAGAGAUUUCUGCUCCCCAAAGAAGAUGCGCUGCCACAAAGAGCGGCUUGCGCGCCGGCCUGGGCUCUAGCCCGGGAGACAUCCCGGGAGAACUCCGAGCUCGGAGCGCUCGGCGAAGACCCGGGCAACAUGCCUGUUCGCAGGGGGCAUGUGGCACCGCAAAACACCUUCCUGGGGACCAUCAUACGGAAAUUUGAAGGGCAGAAUAAAAAAUUUAUCAUUGCAAAUGCCAGAGUGCAGAACUGUGCCAUCAUCUACUGCAAUGAUGGCUUCUGUGAGAUGACGGGUUUCUCCAGGCCAGAUGUCAUGCAGAAGCCGUGCACCUGCGACUUUCUCCAUGGGCCUGAGACCAAGAGGCAUGAUAUUGCCCAGAUUGCCCAGGCACUGCUGGGUUCAGAGGAGAGGAAAGUGGAGGUCACCUACUAUCACAAGAAUGGUUCCACUUUUAUUUGUAACACUCACAUAAUCCCAGUAAAGAACCAAGAGGGUGUGGCUAUGAUGUUCAUCAUUAAUUUUGAGUAUGUGACAGAUGAAGACAAUGCUGCCACGCCAGAGAGAGUCAACCCGAUAUUACCAGUCAAAACUGUAAACCGGAAACUUUUUGGGUUCAAAUUUCCUGGUCUGAGAGUUCUAACAUACAGAAAGCAGUCCUUGCCACAGGAAGACCCGGAUGUGGUAGUCAUUGAUUCUUCUAAACACAGCGAUGACUCUGUGGCCAUGAAGCACUUUAAGUCUCCCACGAAAGAAAGCUGCAGUCCCUCUGAAGCAGAUGAUACGAAAGCCUUGAUACAGCCUAGCCAGUGUUCUCCCUUAGUGAACAUAUCAGGACCUCUGGACCAUUCCUCUCCCAAAAGGCAAUGGGACCGCCUCUACCCUGACAUGCUGCAGUCAAGUUCCCAACUAACACACUCCAGGUCAAGGGAGAGCCUCUGUAGCAUACGGAGGGCAUCUUCAGUUCAUGAUAUAGAAGGGUUCAGUGUCCACCCCAAGAACAUAUUUAGAGAUCGACAUGCCAGUGAAGACAAUGGUCGAAAUGUCAAAGUUUCACGUUCCUGGAUGGCAGGGGGACCUUUUAAUCAUAUCAAGUCAAGCCUGCUGGGAUCCACAUCAGAUUCAAACCUCAACAAAUACAGCACCAUUAACAAGAUCCCGCAACUCACUCUGAAUUUUUCAGAUGUCAAAACUGAAAAAAAGAAUACAUCCCCUCCUUCUUCAGACAAAACUAUUAUUGCACCCAAGGUUAAAGAAAGGACACACAAUGUGACAGAGAAAGUAACCCAGGUUCUUUCUUUGGGAGCAGAUGUCUUGCCAGAAUAUAAGCUGCAGACGCCACGCAUCAACAAAUUUACAAUAUUGCACUACAGCCCUUUCAAAGCGGUCUGGGACUGGCUCAUUUUACUAUUGGUCAUUUAUACUGCCAUAUUCACCCCCUACUCUGCAGCCUUUCUCCUCAACGACAGAGAGGAACAGAAAAGGCGAGAAUGUGGCUAUUCUUGUAGCCCCUUGAAUGUGGUAGACUUGAUUGUGGAUAUUAUGUUUAUUAUAGACAUUCUAAUAAACUUCAGAACAACAUAUGUAAAUCAGAAUGAAGAAGUGGUAAGUGAUCCUGCCAAAAUAGCAAUACACUACUUCAAAGGCUGGUUCCUGAUUGACAUGGUUGCAGCCAUUCCUUUUGACUUGCUGAUUUUUGGAUCAGGUUCUGAUGAGACAACAACACUAAUUGGUCUUUUAAAGACUGCCCGUCUCCUGCGUCUUGUGCGCGUAGCCAGGAAACUGGACCGAUACUCAGAAUAUGGCGCUGCUGUUCUAAUGCUCUUGAUGUGCAUAUUUGCCCUGAUUGCCCACUGGCUGGCUUGCAUCUGGUAUGCGAUUGGGAAUGUAGAGAGGCCCUAUCUGACUGACAAAAUUGGAUGGUUGGAUUCCUUAGGAACACAAAUUGGGAAACGUUACAAUGACAGUGACUCAAGUUCUGGACCGUCCAUUAAAGACAAAUACGUCACGGCACUUUAUUUUACCUUCAGCAGUCUAACCAGUGUAGGAUUUGGAAAUGUGUCUCCUAACACCAAUUCGGAGAAAAUCUUUUCCAUUUGUGUCAUGUUGAUUGGCUCUCUAAUGUAUGCAAGCAUUUUUGGGAAUGUUUCUGCAAUUAUUCAAAGACUGUACUCGGGAACUGCCAGGUACCACAUGCAGAUGCUAAGAGUUAAAGAGUUCAUUCGCUUUCACCAAAUCCCCAACCCUCUGAGGCAACGGCUUGAGGAGUACUUCCAGCAUGCAUGGACUUACACUAACGGCAUUGACAUGAACAUGGUCUUAAAGGGAUUUCCAGAAUGUUUACAAGCUGACAUUUGCCUGCAUCUAAACCAAACUUUGCUACAAAACUGCAAAGCCUUUCGAGGAGCAAGUAAGGGCUGCCUUAGAGCUCUGGCAAUGAAGUUCAAAACCACUCAUGCCCCUCCAGGAGAUACCCUGGUUCACUGUGGGGACGUCCUAACUGCACUGUACUUCUUAUCCAGAGGCUCCAUUGAAAUCCUCAAGGAUGAUAUAGUGGUAGCUAUUCUUGGAAAAAAUGAUAUCUUUGGGGAAAUGGUUCAUCUUUAUGCCAAACCUGGCAAGUCUAAUGCAGAUGUGAGAGCACUUACAUACUGUGACCUGCAUAAGAUUCAGCGAGAAGACUUAUUAGAGGUCUUGGAUAUGUAUCCAGAAUUUUCUGAUCACUUUCUGACGAAUCUAGAACUGACUUUCAACCUGAGACAUGAAAGUGCAAAGUCCCAAUCCAUAAAUGAUUCUGAAGGGGACACCGGUAAACUUCGAAGAAGGAGAUUGUCCUUUGACAGUGAAGGUGACAAAGAUUUUAGCAAAGAAAACAGUGCAAAUGAUGCUGACGACUCUACUGAUACAAUAAGACGUUAUCAGAGUUCCAAGAAGCACUUCGAAGAGAAGAAAAGCAGGUCGUCAUCGUUCAUCUCCUCCAUCGACGAUGAGCAAAAGCCACUCUUCCUGGGAACAGUAGAUUCUACCCCUAGGAUGGUGAAGGCAGGCAGACUCCAUGGUGAAGAAGCAAUGCCACCCUCAGGAAGAAUUCACACAGAUAAAAGGAGUCACUCCUGCAGAGACAUCACUGAUACACACAGCUGGGAAAGAGAGCAAGCCCGGGCUCAACCUGAAGAAUGUAGUCCCUCAGGACUUCAUAGAGCUGCCUGGGGCAUCUCUGAGACUGAAAGCGACCUCACCUAUGGGGAAGUGGAGCAAAGGUUAGAUUUACUUCAAGAGCAACUAAACAGACUUGAAUCCCAAAUGACAACAGACAUCCAGGCCAUCUUACAGCUCCUGCAGAAACAAGCCACCGUAGUCCCUCCAGCCUACAGCAUGGUGACCGCAGGAGCAGAGUACCAGAGGCCCAUCCUCCAUCUGCUGAGAACCAGUCACCCCAGAGCAUCCAUUAAGACAGACCGGAGUUUCAGCCCCUCCUCACAAUGUCCUGAAUUUCUUGACCUUGAAAAAUCCAAACUCAAAUCCAAAGAAUCACUCUCGAGUGGAAAGCGCCUGAACACGGCUUCAGAAGACAACUUGACUUCACUUUUAAAACAAGACAGUGAUGUGUCAUCAGAGCUUGACCCGCGGCAGAGAAAAACUUACCUUCAUCCCAUCCGGCAUCCAUCUCUGCCAGACUCCUCCCUAAGCACUGUAGGGAUCUUGGGUCUCCAUAGGCAUGUUUCUGAUCCUGGUCUUCCAGGAAAGUAACCCUUUUGUACUAUUUCCUCCACAUCCAAUGUAAGUGCUUUUAAUGGCUGUUUUCCUUUUUGUAUUUAAAUCCUCUCUACUUGACUCAGGGGCUCACAAGGUACCAUUAUAUGCAAAAGUACUGUAUAUUUUUCCUAAAUUGAAGCUUGUAAGGUAACAUUGAGCAGUUAGGAUGUAAAUAUAUAAUAAGAGCUUUUUGGUUCCAAAUGUUAAAACUGCCAGCAUCUCAAGGCACCUUGUUUUUUGAAUUUUAUUUUUCAAAUCAUGUGCAUGUUAGGGAACUCCAGUUUCUCUUGCAUGGAGACUCCUAUUGAUCGCUUUUACUGAUCCAGUGCUUCAUUAUGAAAAUGCCUUCCAAGCAAAUAACAAACCAAGGAAUAAAAGAGUUCAUGAGUACAACUCAGAUGAUCCUCAACUUAGGAAAGGUUAGGAAGGGACGUAAAGAGAAGCUGGUUGCUUUGGAGAACAGACAUCUUUCUGUAUUGACAUGUUUAAAGUUACUUACAUUCAUUUCCUUUGAUAAUAAAAAAUGAUGCAAGGUUUGAGCUAUACACAGCAGACAGAAAGGGAACAAAAUCCCCAAAUUCCCAAAGAUAUAGUUCUUCCUCUAUACAUUUUUACAGGGACAGGCGUAUGAAAGGCAGACAGAAGAGGGUUUAGUAAACUUCAGGUCACAUGGAAGAAAAUCCAUAUGAGGUUUCAAUAGGAACCCAAGCCCUGGUUUCAUGUCCCUAGAAGACCUUCAUCAAGAGUUAUUCAUUUUGGUAAGAUGACAGCACAAAGCUGUCCCAAGCUUCCAAAGGUGAGGAAACCGUGGGAAGCAGUUGCCUGUAGUCUCUGAACCAGUGAGCAGUCAGUCUGUCAGUAAGGAGGAUCUAAACCCUGCUUUUAGGCAGGCCAGUGGGAGGAGAACAGAAAGAUCUUGUGUGAAUUUUGGCCCUACUUUUGGACAGAUUGAGGAGGCACAGUGCUCCCCCAAGCUUGUCUUCAGCUAAACCAUAAUGAAUGCUGGAGAACAUUAGUGAGAGAAUAACAUGGUCUCUCGAGUAAAUUCUGCAGUAGCUGCAUUCACUAACUACCUAAAAUAUUUACAGUAGUACAUUUUCCUGAGGACUAAAAUGGAAGAUUAUUUUGUGUGUUGGGCAUGGUCCUUAACAUGCUACUUACACAAAAGGACAUUCACAAUUUCUUCGGAUUUUUAUAUGUGAUGUCUUGCAUUUGAUGAAUAGUCAGACUCUAGUUAACCAUUCAUUUUGAACUCAAUCAUAAUUUUAAAAUUUUCAGACACUGACCUAUUGUGUUCUUUUCUUCUGAACAAACACUCAGAAAACAAACACUUGGUUUUUCUACUAAUUCUUAUGUUCCCACAGACCUUUGGACAAUAUACUAACUGUAUAUUAUUAAAUCAAUUUCUUGGUCAAUGGACACUUUGACACUAACCUGUCAAUCCACUUCGAAUGCAAGUAGUUUAUUAAAUAUGUGUAAUACUACUACUGUAUUUAAAAUGUGGUAAUAGAGUGACCUUAAAUUGUUCCCUAUAUAUUUUGAAGCAGUCACAGAAUUUGCCAGUCUGACCUGGGUAUCUGAGAGAAUCUGCACAUAGGAAAUGUUCUUAUUCUCACUUAAUUUAAGGAAAGUAAUCGUAGGUGGCUGCACACUUAUGGCAAAAGACCAGUCAAGUCAACAGAACUACAGAAAAUUAGAAUGGGCUUCGCAGAUCAUUUGAUAUGGUACAGAUACAAAUGUAGACUAAAGGACACUUUCAGUCAUUCAUCCAACAGACAUUUGAAUGAGGUGCCACACACAAGGGAGAGGGUUCUAUAAGUAGCGAACAAUUUAGAUAUGGAUGUAGGGACUGUAUUUUCAUUUCAGGGCACAUUUCUACAGCUGCAACAAAUUUCCAAAGACUGUUCUUCCUAAGCUCUCUGAGCAUUCAGAUUCAAUUCAUGAGAGCUUGCUCAUUGGUAAAGAGAGGAGAUUUGGCAGGUGAGGGACAGAGGCCAAAUUGUUUGAUUAGUGAAUACUUCUGCAGCAAUAUUGGGUAUGAUGUGCAUACAAUUCAGCCUGUUAAAAGCCUCAGUUUAUACUUCUUUGUAGAAACUGGGCACACAGGGAAGGGAAGAUGAUGGGUCAUGUACAAGUAUCCACCUGAUUUAAAUUCUAGCACAACACAAACCCAUUCCCUUCUUAAUUCUUUACAUACAGUAAAUUGUUUGCUGUUUAAAUUCUAAGUCUCAGCGGACUGUGUAGGAAUAUAAAAAGAUCUUUUUUUGUUUUCUAUAGAAUAUUAGUUUUAAAAGUGUCCCAAGCAACAUAAAGAUAUACAUAGUCAUAAAUGUCAGAUGAAAGAUAGUUUAACUGACUUAUGGGUAAUAAAAGCAAUUAUCUUGACUACAAUAUACACCCUAAAAAUAGCUUUAAAAUAGCAUUAUCCUACGUAUCAUUUAUAGCAAAAGCAAUCUGUCACCUCUGACCUGGAGUCUUGCCCAAGGCCAGGUCUAACUUCUACACCAGGCUAACCUCAGUAUAGCGAUUGCUUUCCUUAGAGGGAAUUAGAAGUAUUAAUGUAACACCUUUUGCUCUUAACCCAAAAUUAGUGUCUGGUCCCACGUCCUUUAAAAAAAAUGCUAUCUUAAAGUUUAUUUGGAUGAGAUGUUCUCCUGCUGCUAUUAAUUGCAGGACAGAGAAUUGCCGCCAAGACUCAUCAUUUUAUCCCAGAGGGGAGCCCCAUACUUUAAUUAGCUGAUGAGAAAACCAGGAAUAAAAAAUACAGAAGUGAUGUUUUUAAUAUAAUACUCACUAGUUCGACAAACAGGGGAAAGCAGGGGGCCAAUCCGAGGCAGUGUAAGUUUCAAGUUUAUUAUAAUGGACUGGCUGUGAGAUUUAAGUUUUAUUGUCAGGGGAGAGGCCAUACUGACAUUGGGAAUCAGGAGUCAUGUGUGCAUUUUAGAUCUCAAGGCUUGAACUUGCACAAUGGUUCCAAAACACCUAGGAGAAAGCAUCUGUAUCCAAAUGUCACUUUCAAAUCCUAACUUACACACCACAGAUAAGGGUAAAAUGUACCACCUCUUCGGUUCAUACAAAAGAGUAAUUAAUAAUAACUAAUAUUAUCAGUUGUUAGAAAUGAGCUAUAACCCUGGCUAUAACUUAAUACAAGGGAUUCUAUAUUGUAUAUUCCUGGGGGAAGCAACACCAAAAAACAUAGUCUUGACAUGUUAAUGGGCUUUUUAUUUAAUGUUAGAAACUUUUAGGUCAGAAAAUUCAAUUGUUAUUUCAUUUGUGGUCACAUUUUUGCAGUAACAUACAUAUGCCAAUACUGGUCAUUUGGAGAGACCCUGGGAAGGCAGGUUGCUAGGGAGUGCCCUCAAACUGUGGUUCUGAAGUUGAACUUUGAAACAAAUGGUCCUGGGUCUCAUCCCAGAGCUACUAAGUCAGAAAUGUGAAGGCUGGGCCCCCAGCCUUCAGUGAGCAAUCCUUCACAGGGUCUGUACACACACUAAACAUUGAGGUCCACAAUGUCCACCCUGUAGUCACGCCAACUUGAUCUAUCAACUGUAACUAUUUUAUUCACAUGUUAUAUGAUCCUGAGGGAAUUGCCCACUUUGAGUUUUUCCCUGAUCCUGUAAAAAUGAGAUUAUAGUCCAUGCCUCACUAAAGUGUGAGAAGAAACAAAAAUCAAGUAAAGAAAAGUGCCUGACACAAAGUAGGUACUUAAAAAAAAAAAAAAAAAGAUUCUAAAAUCCACCCUUACUCCCUGAACAUGACAUUAAAAACAAUUAGGAAGACAAAUAAUUUUCUUUUGCACAAGUGCUAAGUAACUAUGUCGUCGUAUCCAUGACUAAAGCUUUUGACUCAGAAUAACUUAACUGUAGCUACAAGAUCCCCUUAAUGUUGUGCUAUUGGCGCUGCAGCUUCAAAGUAAUAAUACUGACAAUAAUGGUGGAGAGAUAUGACUUUUACUGUUAAACAUACACACACAUACAUGUACACUGUUUCCUUAGAUGUGACAUAGUUCCCAGAUGGACAUUUGAAACCAUUUACAAAAUUCAACUUUGAAAGUAAACACAGUUACUGUUUUUACAGAGACUACAGCUUCACGGUGGUAGUGGUACUCUCAGGCCCUCAGAUCUUUUCCCUCACCACACAUAUACAUUCUGUAGAUGUUAAACACCCGGGUUCAAGUAUGGAGUGCUGGAAAUGUGUGGUAAACCUGAAGUCAAAUCCUACCUUUUCUGCUUAUGACUGAGGGGAAACCCUAAAGUGAACCUCAGGAUUCAAAAGCACGAAAAUAGACAUGAUUUCUGAAAUAUCUCUCUGAAAUGCAGUGUACAAUGGACGUGUGUGAGCCUUGCAGUGUGUGAAGGUGCAAGUUCAUCCUGUGACAUGCACAUUGUCUGAGUGGUGCUCAGGCUGUGGCACAGUAGCUCUGAUCACUGUGUUAUUGAUUGCCAUGUGAAAACAUCUCCAUCACUCUUUCUUCCACCUAACUCUUCACACAGACACUCAGUGUGUAAGAGCAAUCUACAAAGUGGUUUUCAAGCACCUGCCAAAGAUGGGGCUGCUAAAAGGAGACAGUGUCAGUGUUGGGGCCACCUCUUCUGCGUUUUCUCCCAGGUAUUUGGUCAACAUAUGUCGACUGACGUAUCCACACUGCAGAUGUUGUCUGAGAUAGGUUACGCAUCCUCUCCCUGAUCCCCUGCAUGAUCUCAUUCAGAGCUGUUUGCUUGGGGUUCUUAAAGGGAUAUUAAGGAUAUUUUCAAUGCUUUGUAAAAUAUUAAGUAUUGUGAUUGAGCAGGGCCCAUGUUUAGAAUGUCAUUAGAGUCUUCUGUGGUUAAAAAAAAAAAAAAAAAAGGUGUUUUAUUUCAAUGUCCAGUACUGAAGAAGAAAACUCACAGAAGGCAGACUUGGGAUAUGACAACAUGAAAAGAAAAUCACAAAGAUUAUUUUCCUAAUUAUUACAUGGAAGUUGAGAGAUGACUAAUUGGAAGUUACUUAAAACUACCAUGUUAUUACUACAUAAGAAUAAAACAUUUAUAGAAAUGGAAUGUAUACAAAACUGUAUACUCAGUUGAUCUGAUCCCUUACACUACCAGACACGUUUGGACUUUUAAACACAUACCGCAAGAACGACUGCAGUGGAGCUCCCAGUUAAAAACUUCUAUUUAUGAGAAGUAGCAAUGGGAACAUAGUCAUUGCUUUAUAAUUAAUGCCAAAACUUAGUUUAAUUCCUAAACUGUAAUCUGUCAUCUGUUGCUUCCAUAAGUUAAGAUGUUUUGAAAGAUUUAAAAUAAUUUGGUGCACCUGUGAUUUCAAAGCUUUAUAUAUUUAACUCAUGUUCUUUGGUCUUCCUCUGGUAUAUGAUGAUGUAACUUAAAAACUCACAAUUGUGAAUAACUACAACUGUGAGCCUUUUAAUGGUAUCAGUUUUCAUUUUAAUUUAUACUCCAUUUGAGUGCAUAAAAAUGUCUACCCCAAAUCCCUUACUGCUAAUUAUGUGGAAAAUUAUGUGGAAAAGGAUCACUAAAGUUAUGAUAAGCUCUUCCUACAUUCUCCUCAAAUGUUCACAGAGCUACAAGAGCAAUGAAAUGGCAUGGUACCCUUCUCCCAAGUGGUCAAAACUACACACACACACACACACACACACACACACACACACACACACACACACGAUACCCAGAAAUCCCUACUUUACUCCAAGGCUCCUACUGAUUUGGACAAAAGGCAUGUGACCUCUUUAUAGCUAAAAUUUUCAUUUUAUAAUUCUGAUGAGAAAAUGUACUAUCCCAGAAGGUUGGCCAGUCAAUGAAUAAUGUAUUUCAGAAAAGAAACGUGUGUGAUCACUUGAAAAUGUCAGUCAUCUGAUGUAAGGAAGCUUAAUCACAUGCUGUUACAUGAAACUCUGGAAUGCUUUAAGCUAAAUGAAACAAUCGACCAAAACACAUACUACUUUGUAGUCUUUAUGCACAUACUGUAGCAUGGAAUCAUGAUGCUUUUGAAAUAAUCUGUGCAGAAAUAUUUAUUUUUUAGCCAAUAUUUUCCUCAAAGAUUGGUAUGUGGUGUUGACAGUGUAAUCUAUUUGCACAGCUAGUUUUGCAAUAACCUUCUACAAAUAACUGUACAUAAGAAAAAUGUAAAUUUCAUGUAAAAAUGGUUGUGAAUUUUUGGUAGCUGAAAGAAAUAUACAAGUUGUAUUGAAAAUAUAGUAUAUAUAUAUACAUAUAUAUAUACCUAAUUUAAGAAUGAGACAUAUAAUUUCUGAUCUAUUUAUACAUGAAAAAUUCAAGAAUUUGUAAAAGAAUUUAUUUUGGAGGAAAAAAGGAAGCAAAUCCUAUUAGCUAGCUAGUGUACUUUUAAUAAAGAAUCCAACAAGAUCCAACAUUUUAUUAAUUACAGUACUAGACACACUAUAAGCAUGGUGGUGCUGAUCACUUUGAAAUUCACGUCAUUGUAACAGUUUUACCGCUAGCAAGCUCCACUAAACGAUUACAAAAAGCAUUAAAUCUGAAUGUAAAGAAACAAAAAAUUUUACUCAUUGCCCCAUCAGAACCAUGGCAUAUAAAUGUCAGAAAUAUUUAUUGUUUGCUAAAAUUUGCUGAAGGAUAAAUGGCCUUUAAUGUACAUUCAAAAUAGCUCAUUUGUAAUGAGAGCUUGGCUCAUCUUUUCGUUCAAAAUGAAAGUGUGGAGCUAUUAUUUCCUCUUGUUUAAGUUCCAUAUAGACUUAAUUUCUUCCCUAGCUGUGUCUGUGUCAUUUAAAAAAAAUUUACACUAUCUUUUGAAGAAACUUUUAAACAAAAUUUGUUGGCUCUGGCAGGGCAUGUCUAAGCGCAGCAAGCAUCGUUUGCGUAGUGGCAUAGAUUCUUCAUGCUUCAUUUUAAAGAUGUAAGAAGCCAAGAGCAUAUCCCAUGUGACAAAUGUAAAACCAAACUGAUACAGAUAAUAGAACAUACUACAUUGCCGCCUGUAAGUGAAAUGGACUGUGAUAUCAGAACCAAAGUAGAGAAGGCAAAUAACCUGGAAAUAUUCCGUAACAUCAUUAUCCCUUAUCCUAAGACAGAUUUGAGGGCCCUGCAUUUACACAACUGUGGGAAUUUAAAUAUGCAUGAGAAAAGUCCAGUAAAUCCUAAAGUCAUUUUUAAAAGGCCUUUAAUUUCAAAAAUAACCUGAGUAUUUAAUUUCAAAAAUAACCUGAGUAUUUAAUUAGUAUAUUUCUAGAACAGUGACAUCCACAUUGCUCAAGUUAUCUUUUGAAAUUUCAGUAAUCAUAGAAAAAUAAGACAACUAAAUAAGCAACACAGACAAUUAAAUCAAAAUGGUUAUAUGCAUGUAUCUAUAUAUUUAAACGUUUGUACUUAGAGAAAAGAUUAAACUUCAGCCCCCAGUACAUUGGAAUUAGAAUCCCAUCAUUUCUGAUUCACACAUCUUUCCAAUUAGCUAUUAAAUGACGCUAUAACUUCCCGAUGUUAAUGAAGGGGCAAACCCUAUAUCAAGACCACAACAUUGGCAAAAACCUUGUGCAUGUUCUGAUUGUGGUGCAUGGUAAUGAGAUAGAAGUACUCUGUACCACAUGUUCAGAUUGAGAGAAGCAAGCCUGUACUUCCAUAUACUGAGCUGCUUAUCAUGAAGCUACUUGGAUAAAGGAAUGACAAGAACUGAUGCUCUUUUCUUUGUAAGAUGGGGAUAGCAUGCUUAAGAAAUAAUUAGAAGGAGAUGCAACAAGAGGGAUUCAAAGCACAGGGCUCCUAGCAUUCAAGAGAGACAGGUCUUGAAUCACAAAGGCUUCCAGAUUUCUCCAAGUGUUUUUGCUAGAAAGUUUUCUUCUCUGUGUUCUAAACUACAAGAAAUUUUUACUUUAAUAUAUGGACAGAUGUCUUGAAAUGAUGAGACGUGUAUUCAUUUAAAACACUGUCUGCAUUCGAUGCCUCAAGACAUUCUAAGGAUUUGCAUUUGUAUCCUCUAAUACUACGGACAUACUCUGCAGACAAGUUUUAGAUGAUUCCUGAGCCUUAGGCGUUUAUUCGAGGAAGCUUAACUCACUACGUAAGUGAUUUCACUAAGACAAACAAAUGAGAGACUUUUCAGAGGAGCACCUAAGUGUUAAGAGCCAUGGUUGUUUUCCCUGUUAAGCAAAGGAUCUGCUAACUGAGAGCAGUCUGGGAAUCUGAGCAGUGGGCUCAAUUUACAAACUUUUAAAAACAUAUCCCCAUCAAAUUUACAGAAAGUUGUCAAUGAAAUAAGACAAAACAUAUCCACUUUAGUUUGUCAAAAAGAAAAGAACAAUAAAAAAGCACAUUUCUCACAAAUAGUAUUUAUUUUGUUUGUUCAAUUAGUAAUAUCAUAAGAUUACAAGUGAACUUGGUUUGUAUAUUUUAAUUAAAGAACUAUCACAAAUUGAUUUUGUUAUUUUUUUAAUUGCACAGAGUUUAAACUACCUUGAUAAAUUCUACUUUCUUCCAGGCUAAAUGCCUUUUCUGGAAAUAAAUAUAUAACUUGAAUAUAUAUUUGUUAACUUUCUUUUUUCUGAAUGCAUGCCUAAAAUAGGUUAAUGAGCACAGUCCUUAAAAAUACAUUUAAAGUGGACCAAAUCAAGAUUCCCAUAGUACUGAUUUUCCCUUGAUGUAAUUUAAAAUGUGUAAACUGCCACUCACACUAGAAGUGCAAUACCUGACAUUUAACCAUUUGGCAAUCUUUUAGAUAAUAGCUGAAUUAAUGCACCGUUGUUUGAACUGAAGCAUCUCAUUACAGUAUAUAUGUAACAAAUUUUGUAUGAUACAAAACUUUACAGCAAGCUAUUUGAAUGUUUAUUAAAAAAUUCUCAAAAUGA